GGGUUAAGGCCUGGAGGCGGGAGGGGGCCGGACUGAGGGGUGGGGAGAAGGGGAGGAGGCCUCAGCAGCCCGCAAAGAGAAGUGGCCAGAGAGGCCCAGGGGACAGCCAGGGACAGGCAGACAUGCGGCCAGGGCCCGGGGGCCUGGACAGGGGCUGCCAGGCCCCGUGACGGGAGGACCCCGUGCCCCUGGCCCGGGGAGGGGGCCAUGGUGCUGCCUGCCCGACAUGUCAGCCGAGGUGCGGCUGAGGCGGCUCCAGCAGCUGGUGCUGGACCCCGGCUUCCUGGGGCUGGAGCCCCUGCUCGACCUUCUCCUGGGCGUCCACCAGGAGCUGGGCGCCUCCGACCUGGCCCAGGACAAGUAUGUGGUGGACUUCCUGCAGUGGGUGGAACCCAUCGCGGCGAGGCUUAAGGAGGCCCGACUGCAGAGGGAUGACUUCGAGAUUCUGAAGGUGAUCGGACGCGGAGCGUUCAGCGAGGUAGCGGUGGUGAAGAUGAAGCAGACGGGCCAGGUGUUCGCCAUGAAGAUCAUGAAUAAGUGGGACAUGCUGAAGCGAGGCGAGGUGUCGUGCUUCCGCGAAGAGAGGGAUGUGUUGGUGAACGGGGACCGGCGCUGGAUCACGCAGCUGCACUUCGCCUUCCAGGACGAGAACUACUUGUACCUGGUCAUGGAGUACUACGUGGGCGGGGACCUGCUAACGCUGCUGAGCAAGUUUGGGGAGCGGAUCCCGGCCGAGAUGGCGCGCUUCUACCUGGCUGAGAUUGUCAUGGCCAUAGACUCGGUGCAUCGGCUGGGCUACGUGCACAGGGACAUCAAGCCGGACAACAUCCUGCUGGACCGCUGUGGCCACAUCCGCUUGGCCGACUUCGGCUCCUGCCUCAAGUUGAGGGCGGACGGAACGGUGCGGUCGCUGGUGGCUGUGGGCACCCCGGACUACUUGUCCCCCGAGAUCCUGCAGGCCGUGGGCGGCGGGCCCGGGACGGGCAGCUACGGACCCGAGUGUGACUGGUGGGCGCUGGGCGUGUUCGCCUAUGAAAUGUUCUACGGGCAGACGCCCUUCUACGCCGAGUCCACGGCCGAGACCUACGGCAAGAUCGUGCACUACAAGGAGCACCUGUCUCUACCGGUGGCAGACGCGGGGGUCCCUGAGGAGGCUCGCGACCUCAUCCAGCGGCUGCUGUGUCCUCCGGAGACGCGGCUGGGCCGGGAAGGUGCAGGCGAUUUCCAGAAACAUCCGUUCUUCUUUGGCCUCGACUGGGAAGGUCUCCGAGACAGCAUGCCCCCCUUUACGCCUGAUUUCGAGGGUGCCACUGACACGUGCAACUUCGAUGUGGUGGAAGAUGGGCUCACUGCCAUGGUGAGCGGGGGCGGGGAGACGCUGUCAGACAUACAGGAAGGCGUGCCCCUGGGCGUCCACCUGCCUUUCGUGGGCUACUCUUACUCCUGCAUGGCCCUCAGGGACGAUGAGGUCCCGGGCCCCACACCCAUGGAACUGGAGGCUGAGCUGUUGCCUGAGCCACCUGUGCAAGUGCCCAGCCUGGAGCCCACAGUGCCCCCACUGGAGAAAACAGCUGAAGCGGCAGGUCCAGAGGCCGUUCCCGCGGUGGCAGAGGCGGAGAUGACGCUGCGGGAGCUCCAGGAGGCCCUGGAGGAGGAGGUGCUGACCCGGCAGAGCCUGAGCCGGGAGCUGGAGGCCAUCCGCACGGCCAACCAGAGCUUCGCCAGUCAGCUCCGCGAGGCCGAGGCCCGGAACCGGGACCUGGAGGCGCAAGUCCGGCUGCUGCAGGAGCAGAUGGAGCAGCUGCAGGCAGAGGGAGCUGCAGCUGUCACGGGGGUCCCCAGUCCCCGGGCCACGGAUCCACCUUCCCAUCUAGAUGGCCCCCCGGCCGUGGCUCUGGGCCAGUGCCCGCUGGUGGGGCCAGACCCCAUGCACCGCCGCCACCUGCUGCUCCCUGCCAGGGUCCCUAGGCCUGGCCUAUCGGAGGCGCGUUCCCUGCUCCUGUUCGCCGCUGCUCUGGCUGGUGCCGCCGCCCUGGGCUGCGCUGGGUUGGUGGCCUGCGCCGGCCACCUCGCCCCUGUCUGGCGCCGCUCGGGAGCCGCCUUCGCCCCCUGAACCCUAGAGCCCCAGCCUGUCCUCCACUCGGGCCCCGCUGGAGGGUUGGGUGACCCGGGAACGGCCCAGAAGCCACUCCCACCGCCCCGGUUGACACCACCCCAAGCGUGGGUCUCCGCCCAGCUCCAGCCCUGUGAUCCGGGCCCGCCCCCUGGCGGCCGGGGAGGGAGGAGCCGGCCCGCGGCCGGAGCACGGGGCGCCUGGGAGGGUGGGAACCGGGAGUGCUGCUGCUGCCGCUGCCGCUGCCGCUGCCGCUGCCGCUGCUGCUGGGCGGGAUCGCGGACCACUUCCUUCCUCCGGCCCGGCGGAGGCCCCGACGCAGCCGGACACACUGCGACCUCGAGAAGGCAGCAGGGCCAGGGCGCGGCCAUCCGUUUUUCACCCUCCACGCACCCCCACCCACAGCGGCUCGCAAACCACAGAUCCCCCUGUGCAUGAGGCCCCGGCCUCCCGGGAACGUCCUCCUCCCGUAGCGAAGGUCCAGCGCGCGCUCCGCCCGCUUCCCGGGAACCUCUCGCUUCUGCCAGCCCCGCUUUUUCGGGGACUCCGCGCCCUCCUCCUCACGUGCGCCGCUCUCGGAGCUACACCGGCUCCUCCCGCCUCGGCGUUUGGGUAUUUAUUGACCUGUCCUCCGACCCGCUGACAGGCUCCAGGACCCCAGCACCCUGAUCCACGUUUUGGAUGCACUGAGACCCCGACAUUCCUCGGUAUUUAUUGUCUCUCCCCACCUAGGACCCCACCCCCGAUCCUCGCGAAUAAAAGGCCCUCUCGUCUGUCCCA